AUGUAAGUUACUCUAUAAGCACAUUUAACGUACGUCCAUUUGCGAACGUUAUUACUCCCAUGAUAAGUAAAUACGUGUCAAAUAUUUGCCUAUUUAGUUAUUAGGGGAUUACUACAUUGUACACUAACCAUCUGAGUUAAUCUGUGAAAGUUUGUGUUGGUUAACAAAGUGUUGUCGCUAGAGAACGAUUUACGUCGGUUUAAAUAAAGCAAUAUACGAUUCAGUCAAUACGCAGUCGUGGUAAACGCAGACGGAGACCUGAGGCGGGGCAUUAUAGUUGCCACAGUCAUUUAUCUAUAGUGACAGUGGUGCAACCAAUAACGUUACGGUGGGCGCAACUCCUCUGGUGCAACUCGCAUCACUGGGACGCCUAAAAGCGCGUUCCCAACUGAUGCGCGCGCGCGCUAUCGGGCACGGAUCGAGGCGGCAAAUAGUCAAGGGAGGAGAGUAACAUUGCUAGUCCAAUUCGGAACAGCGAUAGUUGAACAAAAAAAGAAAUGCCUAGGGAAAUAGCAAUCUAUUUUUUAAUGCCAUGGGAGGCAACUGAUCACUAAGUAAUAUCUCAAAGAUUCUGAGACAAGACCAAGGAGUAUUACGGAGCAAGACGGCUGCUUUAAAGGUAUGGAGCAGGACGGCACAAGCGUAUGGGCACGACUGGAGCCCUUCCUGUUGGGGGCGCUGCAGGUGCCACCCUCAGCCAAGCUCAGCUUGCACUACCUGCGCAAGAUGGCCGCCUACGUGCGCACGCGGGAGGGCUGCUACCCGCUGCUGGGCUGGCCUAUGUGGCGCCACAUCGCCUGCGGCAAGCUGCAGCUGCCCGAGGACCUGGCCUGGCUCUACUUCGAGACCUUUGACCUUCUGACCCCCCACGUCCCCGAAGAGAGGCUGGGGCGGGCCGAGGCGCUGUCCCAAUGCAGCUCCGCCAAGGAGCUGGACAGAGUGCGUAGCAAGCUGUCUGUGGACACCCUGCAGUUCCUGCUCUUCCUCUACAUGCAGCAGCUGAACCGCGUGUCCCUACGCACGUCUCUGAUUGGUGAAGAGUGGCCCAGCCCCCGAGCCCGCUCCCCGUCCCCUUCCUCUGACCGCGAAACGAAGACGAACUCCCAGAACAAGAACUGGGACGACCAGGCCCACCUCACCUUCGUCCAGACCCACCUGUCGGACCUGCUGGAGCUGCUGGUGGAGCCGGGCCAGCUGAGCAGGUCGGGGCAGGCGGUGCGGGACAGCCAGAUUUCGGCGGAGGCCGUGCAGGGGCUGAGCUUCCUGCUGGAGGGGUGCGUGAGCCGGGGGCGGACGGUGCACCCCGUGCACAGGCUCCUGUCCCGGGCCCCGCUGCAGGCCCAGGCCGGGUACUCCCAGCUCAGCCGCUCCUUCUCCCUGCAGCAGCUCCAGACCUGGCUGCGCCAGACCCUCUGCCUCAACCCCUUCGGCACGUCCGCCUGCCUGCGGUCCGGGAAGAAGCUGGCCUGGGCCCACCAAGUGGAAGGCUCCAUGAAGAGAGCCAAGAUCGCCCGCAACACCCACGUGGCACCGCCCGGCAGCAGAGUGGUCCUGAUGUCCCAGGUGUUCCGGCAGACGCUGGCCAAGAACUCGGACAAACUGGCCGGCGCCAACAUCAAAGUGCACCGCUGCACCGAGGCCUUCAUCUACCUCCUGUGCCCCCUCAGGUCUGUGUGUCUGGAUAAGUGUCGGAACAGCACGGUGGUGCUGGGCCCGGUGGAGACCAGCGUUCACGUGCAGAGCUGCGAGAACGUCAGGGUGGUGUGCGUGGCCGGCCACGUGGCCGUGGGGGCCUCCUCCCGCUGCACCCUCCACGCCCUCACCCCCACCCGACCCCUGCUGCUGCCCGGCAACGCCGCCCUGACGCUGGGGCCCUUCCACACGCACUACCCCUCCCUGGAGGACGACAUGGCCAAGGCCGGCCUGGCCGUGGUCCCCAACGUCUGGGACCAGCCCCUGACGCUGGGUUCCGAGGGGCACCCCCCCCCCGAAAACCCGCCCUACCGCCUGCUGCCGCCCAGCGAGUUCUGCCCCAUGGCGAUACCCUUCCAGAUGGAAGGGGAUACCUGCGAAAUUCCCGGGGGGCUGCCCCCCCCCUACAAGGCGGCCCUGGACGAGCGGGAACGCCGAGUGCAGGAAUGGCAGACGACCGUCAAAGACGCCCGUCUCACCAAAGACCAGCGGCGGCAGUUCCAGGCCCUGGUGGAGCAGAAGUUCCAUGAGUGGCUCCUGGAGUCGGGUAACAGGCAGCAGCUGGACAGCCUCAUCCCCCCCAUCGUCGCCCCCGGCGGCUCCGGGGAGCCUUCCGGCAGCUGGGUGGACACCUACAGCCCCAACCACAGACCAGGCGAGAGGACCCCCGAUGGGCCUGGACAGGCAGCGAGGCAGACGCCCACAGCGCGCUGAUGAGGGUCCUUGGACAAGACCUCGGGGUGCUUUCCAGUCACUUAUUUCUUCACCUCCUCGCUUCCUUUCCUUGCCUCCUUUCCUAGUAUGGAAGGCCAAAACGGGUCAAAUAAUUGUGUGUGACGUUGAAGUCUGGAAUCAUGCAUUGUCAAUGUGGGUGCAUUCCAACUGCCUAUUUUAUUUGUCUCCGAGGUCCUUGACUGAACUGGAAAUUGAUCAAGGUGCGCCAUCUUUGAGGACAUCCUCGGUUCCUCUCUGCCUGCGUCCAUUCCUUGCUUCCUCCAAUGGGUGGAGCUUUGAGCUAGGAAAGGAAGGAGACAAAAAAAUAAGCUCAUGGAACGAGCCGACAUUGACCACACGUAAUUCCAGACGUCAAUUCCACGUAUUUUUGACCCACUUGGCCUUCCGUACUAGGAAAGGAAAAAAAAUAAGUGGUUGGAACACACCCCUGGACUCCUGAAAACACCUAAAGCUGUCCUCAGAUUGUGCCUCUACUUACUGUGCCUGGAUCUGUUGGGCUUCUCCGUAUAAAGAGGUUGGGGUUUGGGUGAGGUUUGUCUUAACUGAUCUCAGGUCAGUACUGGGGGUGUAUCGUUUGCCCAGCGCUGACCCCAGCCACAGGCUGCAGCCAGAUCCUCAUUCACACGCAGUCCACAGUUUCAGGCAGGCCUGACCGCAGGCCCCAGCCGUGCUUCAGAAGGGGACGUGGCACUGACUGCCCUGGGCUUGAGUGACAGCUCAAUCACAGCACAGGUUGACUGACAUUCCCCAGAUGGCACAGGUGUGUGCCCCCCAACCCCGCUAGGGCAUUCACUGUCGGUACAUCGGGUAGAGUAUGACGUACGAUAGUCUGUUUACCUGUUAGUCACGCUCGGGUCAGGUACUGUAUUCAAAAUUCUGGGAAAUCAGGUAGUAAAUCUAAAGGGAAUAGACUAAUAUAGGAAUGUUUCAUUCAUGCCCACACACACAGAGAGGACAUUGUGCAGUGUAUGAAUGUUAAAUGUAAACGAUGAAGGUCGGCAUGUCAAAGUCUGUUAUGAUGAUACGAAAUGUGACAUGCAGACAGGUGGACUGGGGUCUGCGUCCAAAAACGACAAGAUAAUGUAGCCUAGGUAGUACUGUAGAGAACCAGCGGUAGCAAACGGUAGCACGUAGCUCUAUCAAAACGGCAACACAGGUUACUGCAUUCUGCUGAGAAAGUUGCAAAUGCCUUUUCCCUCCAAUGAAUUAAGGGAAGGAACUGAAGCACGUUAAACUGUACAGCGAGACAGUACUUAAACGGGUGCACUUGUUCGUAGAGUUAAUGAAAUGCGCACAGGCUGUGUUAACUUCACGUGGAGGUACCUUUGAUCCUGACGUGCUAAGAGGUCAGUCUGGUGGCGUUUCCCUGAAGGAACAGGACUUCCCCUUGCCUUUAGUUAGUUUUCCUGCGUAGUUCUGUUAUUGCCUUUUACACGGAAAUUGCACUGAAGUCCGCAUAAUGAUCCGAAGUAGUUGAAUCGCGUUUUAAAAGCACAUAUUUUUAUAUGAUAUUCUUUCCAGCCACUUUUGUAGGAAAAAAAAAGAAUAAAAGCCUUUAUUUUGUG